UCCCUUUUAUCAUUACUUCUUCUCGCGCCUCUUGUCUCCUUCAUCCCUCUCUCUCUCUCUCUCUCUCUAUCUCUAUUUCUUGAUAUCUCUGCUUCAGCGAGAAAACAGACAAAACAUGACUAAUGUUAACACAGAGCUCGAUUUCUUCGGUCUUGACAAGAAUCAAACCAGUAACGCUCCAAAGCCCAUGUUCAAGAAAACUCUCGACCGUCGUCGCAGUUUCCGAGAAAUGCAAGGUGCGAUUUCUAAGAUAGAUCCAGAGAUUAUCAAAUCACUAUUAGCUUCUGGUGCUAAGCGUUUUGACUCAUCCACAAGAUCGCUUUCAGUUCCGUCUACUCCGAAGGAGGAUCAUCCUCGAAUACCGUCUUCUCCGGCCCACGCACCUCUUUCCAGGCCUAGUAUGGAACUUGUCUGUGGAACUGUUCCUAUGACCAUCUUCUACAAUGGAACCGUCUCCGUUUUCCAAGUGUCUCCUAACAAGGCUGGGGAUAUUUUGAGGGUUGCCAUGGAGACAACACCAGAGAAAGACAAAUCGAUGGAGAAAGAUCUUUCGGUAAUCCCUCCGACCACCCUAGGGUCAAAUCUCUUUGGCAAGAAUCUAGAAGGAGAUCUUCCCAUCGCAAGGAGAAAGUCACUACAAAGGUUUCUUGAGAAGCGCAAGGAGAGGUAAUUGCUCUCCUACCAUCCAAGGAUUAACCCCAAAACAAUUAAACUAAAAGAUUAGUAUCAACGUGUCCUUACUUUCCGACAUCAGCCUAAAACGAAACUCUCAUCUCUUUCUUUUUUUUUGUGAUUGAGACGUGAAACCAAAUCAGCUCACCUUGCAUUUGGCUUCUCCCCAAUCUUUUGGAAUUACGACAUAUUUUAGUAUAUUACGUUUUUUCCUUCAGAAUAUGCAGUAUCUUAUAUAGUUAUAUAAGUAUUUUGUUUAUCUUCUUAAAUGAUUAUUAUUAUCUCUUAUGUCAAGACUCAGACACUUUGCGCUAUUAUAUACUUAAUAUUUCGACUA